UUACUUAAUCUGUAAUUAAAUCUUUUUUAACCAAAAGACCUGUCUAAAUUUAUUAUUUAUUGUGCUAUUAACUUCAUUUAAUAAAGAUUUUAAUUUUUAUUUAAAGAAUAUUAAUUAUUUAGAAUUAUAUUAUCAUUAUAGUAUAUUAUUUUCUUUGUAUAUUACAUAAAGGUCCAAGUUUAAAAACCAUGGAAGAUAUCAAAGAAGUUUUCUUCACUCCAUUGCCUGACUCUCCUUACGUAAAGCCGUUUAGGUUUAACUUUACCCAGAAUGGCCAAAAGAAGACUUGGGACAUACUAGAAGUUCAUGAUAGCGUUGCUAUCAUAGUUUUUAAUGUUACACGAAGAGUCAUGAUUUUUGUUAAACAAUUCCGUCCCGCCAUUUAUUAUAAUUGUAUAAAACCAGAAGACAGAAAAGCUGAAUUCAUUGACACAAAAAAGUAUCCAGCUUCACUGGGCAUAGCACUAGAGAUGUGUGCGGGUAUCGUAGACAAGGAUAAAUCUGUAGAUGAGAUAGCAAGAGAAGAGGUGUUAGAAGAGUGUGGAUAUAAUGUUGAACUUAAAGACUUGCAUAGAAUUAUUUCAUACAGGUCUGGUGUUGGUGUACAGGGUGCUUUACAAACAUUGUACUACUGUGAAGUGACUGAUGAUAUGAAGACAGAACAAGGUGGUGGAGUAGACGAUGAGAUAAUAGAAGUAGUAGAGAAGACAAUACCAGAAAUUGAGGAUAUGGUCAACUCGCCUGGCCCACUGACUAGUCCACCAGCUUGUCUCUUUGCACUCAUGUGGUUCCUACGAAAUAAAGCUGACAAAUACAGGAAGUAGGUGCAUAAUACUGUAUUUGUGUAUUAAAGACGAGCUUCUAAUGUUUGGUGUUUUGACAAGCGAGUCAAUGAAAGGUAAAAGGUACCUUUGAACUUUACCAGCUUGCAUGUCAAAACACUGAUCGUGAUUAUUUGUAAAAUAAUCGAUUUUCAGAGGCUUUGCUUAAUGUUUAGAUAAAUAUAGUUUGCUAGAGGCAUAUAUGUAUGUUACAGACAAAGUUAGGUCCAUAGUUGUCUGUGAUAGUAUAACAUAUUGGAGAGAUUAACGACUCAUGAACUCAUUUCCUAUGUUUACUGCAACUAUACUCAACAAUAUAUUUAUUCAUUCUUGAUUCAUUUAAAACAAAAUGUAUUGGGAUUAUUCUCAUACUGGAAUGUUAUAAAUAUAAUUAGCAAAAUUUAUUCCUAGUUAUUAAACAAAAUUUUAUCACCAAACUUAUCCAGUGCCUAGCAAUUUUGCCGUUCCUGGCAAAAAUAUUUGCCGCCCUUUUUAAUGGUCAAUUGUCCUCGAUUUUGCAAUCCAUUUUUGUUAACUGGUCAUCCUUUGUGGUCUGUGGUGGGCGAGUGAAUAAUUUAAAAUAUUUCCCAAAGACAAAAUCUAGAAAUUUGUGUGAGAGUAAUACAAGAAUAUCGCAUAAUAUAAUUAUAUACACAAAAAAAUAUUCUCCCAUUUUUGAAGUCGGUAAAAAAAUAAUAUGGGCGUCGAUUUUUGAGCUCUAGAGGAUCUUCUCUACUAAUAAUAAUUGACUAUAAUAAAGUUGUUUGCGCAUUAGGGACCCCAUCGACGCGCAAGCAUCGACAGUUUCUAAUAAUCCGCAUAUACAUAUAAAGUAUAAAUAUAACACAUCAUGUUUUAUACCACGUGAUCAUCACGCCACUUCACGGCUUAUAUUCCGUGUUUUGAAGUGUUAAGAAAUAUUUUCGACGAAUAAAUAUGAGUUAUAUUGUUUUUAUUUAUAUAUAAUAAAUCAUUCCUAUAUAAGAAUUAUUUUUGAAAUAAAUACUUAAUUCAUAUAUGUUUUAUUUUAUUUUGGUACAAAAAGACAUUAAAAAAAUUAUGGUUACAUUUUAUAUGUUAUAUAUAUUUUAUAUGUUAAUAAUGGAAAAUGUACUUUUUACUUGAAAAACUGUUAUUCAAUAAUAAUUAAUUAAUGUAGAUUUUUUUCAAUUAUACCCAUAAAUUGCUAUGAGGUUAAAGUCAAUUUAAUUUAAUUAUUAGUCAAUUUAAUUAUUAUAUAUAAUUUUCUUAUAUUAUGUUUUGUAUAAUUAUGCGGUAUAAUUAGAUCCUUUAGAGGUCAAAAAUAGACAAAAAUAAUUUGGUGUAGUUACUUUGUUAUGUAGUUGUUAGAGUUUUUUUUUAUUUUGUUUAAAGAAUGCUACUUUAUUUCCAAAUUUAAAAAAUACGAAGAAAAUUACUUACUACUGUUAACACAAUACAGAUGAAGUUAUGUAGAUUUUUUUUUUUAAUUUAGAAAAAAAGAAUAUGUAGAUUUAUGUAAACAAUAAUAUUUUUUUUUAAUGGAUGAUAAUAGAAUGGUAACCCCACCCGCGCUAUCGGUAUACACCGGCGGGGCACCAGUGAAGGAUGAUAGGUGAGGAUGAAACAGGCAGUCAGCCCAUCGUGACGAAUUCAACAAGAAUUCACGAUGGUUUCCAAGGGGAACCACGUGGAGGUCGACCUAAUAAGUCAUACUGCUAGGAAUGGGGCUGUCAAACUCCAUUACUAACAAUCCCUUUCCCCCCCACAAUAAUAUAUUACAAAAAGUAUUUUUCUAUGUACAAAAUAUCACCAUGUUUUAGUAUCCAACAGACUACAGUAUGGGGUUCUGCAAAAAGAGAUAAAGAGGUUUCUUCAGGGUUGGCAAGGCGCGCGUAAUACCCCUGGUAUUGCAGGCGUUUUAGGCUACGGUAACCGCUUACCAUCAGAUGGGUCGUAUGCUCGUUUGCCACCACAGUGGUAUAAAAAAAAAAGUUAUGUACAAAAUAAGGAUUAAUAAUAGACGCGCGAGAGAGAAGCGUAAUUUAUUGCAUUUAAAAUGUUAUUUUUGUCGUUCUAAUGUUUAUCAUUUAUGAACAGGGUUCGUUUGUAUUUUUGUGGGCUUACUGUGUAUUUUUUUUAUGAUACAAUAAAAUUGUAAUAAGUUUCAUAAAAAUGUAAAACGUCAAAUAAUUAUUAAUAUAUUUUAUCUACAUGUAAUGGAGUUCUUUUUUUUUUUGUUAAAGCCUAAACUAAUGAAUUAAUUGAUUUAUUCUAUUAGUCUAGGCUUUUAGAGCUAAAAUAUAUUCAUUAGACGUUUGUAAUUUUUAUGGAUAAGCAGUUUGUAUAUAUUGUAUUAUAAUAAAUGUCAUUAUAUGCAAA